ACAACAUCGUCAAAGUCUACAUCGACGACGAAGGAGCUUGUUGUCAAAGGCUAUGUAGCUGGAAGGAUGUUUUCGGUGUCUUUGUCAAAGGAAGUGGCUCCAAAGAAGCAGGGUGAGCAUGGGCUGGCGCAAACUAGAGCAGUACAGCAGAAGCUGGCGCAAACUAGAGCAGUACAAGAAGAAGAACAGAAGUCCAGUUCCGAUAAUAGUAGGAUACGGACGAGGACAAAAAGGAGGCGGAUGAGAACAACUUCUUCUAGUGCUGGUGCAGUCUUCUCGCUUUUGCAAGUGAAAACGGCUAGAAGUGAAGAUACUUCUGCAGUCGAAACGAAUGAAGAAGAUGAUGCAUUUAUAGAGGGCGGAGAAGAUGAUGAUGGAGAUGGCGCUAGUAAUAUUGUAGGACAAGAACUACAGGAGUCAUCAUCUGACGUCGAAACGAGCAGCGACCAUGAAGAAGAUCAAGAGGAUCUUCAUACUAGCAGCUCACAGGAACUGGCACAGGAUCAUCACGAAGAUGACAUAACGGGUCUCACCAGUGUCGACCAUGAAGACAGAGAAGCAGCCGACCAUGACAGAGAAGCUGCAACACCUCCUCUUGCUCCGUCAAAUCCUAUGGAUUUGGGUUUGCUAGAAGGACGCUCAGAAGCCGAAAUCCCAGUGGUUGCGUCCGUUCGUCAAGUAAUGAACUCAGCUGCAGAAGUAGCAGCCAAGAAAGCAUCGGUGGCCGCAUCCGUAGCGUCCGGAGCGUUAGCUUCGAGUGUCUCUAGUGCAGUACAAAAACAUGACCCGACUGCGAAUUAUGAUGAGGGGUUUUUGAAACGGAAGAUCAAGGUUUUCAUAUACUAUUUUUACACCAGCAGAUAAAGAUAUAAUGUACUUGCUUGAUCUAUUUUUUUCCGGUUUUUGUUUUUUCUAGUUGGGUCUGCUCAACGCUUUCAAUUUCAAUACUCCGUGAGUGGCCUCUAGGCUCUAGCGCCAUCUAAUUCCAAGUCGACCAGGGUAGUUUCGUCGUUAUUACCACGACGAGUACGAGCACAACGACAACCACUACGACGUCGACGACGAGUACAAGCACAACCACAGUCCUGCCAAGUGUGAGCAGGGGACUCAAAUUUGCCCUUAUGCUAGCCUCCAGCAAUGCUGCGGGAAUAAGCAGCAGAACGUCGUUUUUUUAAGACAUCAACAUGGAAAUAAUCUCUAUAAUCCAGAGAAGAAGAGACAGGUCCUCGUUUUUACUUUAGCAGAAAUAAAGGCCACAUAUUACACUUCUCCAUUCUAAUCCCAAGGCACAAACAACGGACCAACGCCAUCCGGCGGAGCGACAUCAUUAUUAUCCUUGUCAUCAAAGUCCUUGUCGAGAAACGAGGAGGAAGGGUGGGAGUCUGCCGAAGAUCUUACAACUUCACCGCAAACGCCAACGCCUCCAGUAACUUGUCUUAUGAACAACAAACUGGUCGUAAAAGAGAAAUUAGUACAGGAAGAUUUGAAUUGGAGAACUACUCAUCUUUUAUCGAUAGCGAGCAUGGAGCUAGACCUGCUGGACAUGGUUUCUUUUAGAAAUUUAAUAAGCAGUAGCAUGCCCAUGCUCAACAUAGAGAGGAAGAGCAAAGCUUUUCCUCGACGUCUCUUCUGUGCAAUUUUCUGACUUUUGAAAGCGAAAGCGGUUUUUGGUUUGGUAAUAAUGACAACCAAGCUAGUACAUCUUCACAAGCCCACCUCACAAGGAAGAAUGUAUCAUGAGAAGCACAGUAGUUCUAUUCGAAAACUGAGAAUAUCCGAGUUACUGACUGAAAUAAGAGGCGUAGCGUAACAUCGAAGCUACUCUUCCUUCUCAUCAGUAUCUCGGUUAUUCUCGUCUGUUACUCGCUUACUUCAGUUUUUCGAACUCAUCCUCAAGAAGAGUUAGAGGGACCCUCUAACUCUCUCUCCGGAACCAGCGUUGCUCAAGCCUUAGGGAGUAAAGAUCCUGCGGGAUCUCCCUACUUUGCUACCUUACAAACAGCUGCCGAUGCCACCGCUACUGCAUUAGUUCAGCAAUUACUCACGCAAGCAGCACCAGGCCAAUCGCCUGUAGUCUCCAUGGAAACUACGUUGUAUUUUACUGCAGCACGCGGUGCCACGAUAACCAAGCACGCCAGUGGGUCGAGUAGUUUAUGUUGAUGUUGGAGCGAGAGCGUGAAUGAUGGUGCUUUCAUUGUAUAAGAUAAAGAUUUUUUGUCGUUGGAAUAGGAGCAAGCAUCGCAAUAGUAACUGUAGCAAUAUGAUGCAGCCAACAUCCUCGUCCAAGUCCAUGAAAACCAGUCGUGAUAGCCCUCUCUAAUCCUCUUAACAAUUACAGAAGCGCAACAGAUAUUGGCUAGUGCGCCUAGCUAUCCCUGUGACGAUACUAACGCGAAAGUGGAAGUUUUAGCGCAAGUUUGGCUCCAAGCUGCCCAGAGUGCGAUUGAUGCAAUUUCUAUGGCUGGUGCUGUGUAUGAUCAAUUAUCGGCGAGCGUCUCCCCGUGCCCGUCGACAUCGAGGUCGUCUCUUCAAGCUCCAAUGAAUUCAAUUACACUUCUAAAACUACCUCCGUGUGGGACGCAGACUCUCAGAUAUUGGUGAACAAAACGGAAACCAUGACCAUGGUCGAAAGUACGAUGCAGACGCAAAUGGACACAAUCUCAGCACCAUUGGCUACUAUUAUGGAGAUAUUCUUCAAGAAGUACCUAAAGAUUUGUUGCUCUUCAGGAUCAUGGCUUUGGAGCAGCCUACAAACCUCAUCCUCAUCGAUUCUCAUUUUCAUGAAAGAGAGUAGUUCUUUACGCUAUAAUUAUGUCUGAUUUAGUGGCACUAUGCUGGAGUAGCUAGACUUUACCGUCCUUCUCAUGAGGCGACCCAGGAGAUCCUCAACUUAAGUAUUUCUAGCCUCUUCUAAUCUGCGUGGCACUCAGGGUUUGGGCACAACGUUGGCAACAAGUGUGAAAGGAAGUUACUUUCUGAAGAUUAUCCCUGGUUCAGCAGGUGGGGACAAGGUGACGACGACCACGACAACGAGUACCACGACAACAGUGACGACUACGACGAGCACGACUACGACGAGCACGACCACAACGACCACCACAAAAACAACGACCGUGACAACCACGACGACUACCACCACGACAACUGUGACUGAACGUAAAGCCAAAUAAAACUCCUGUUUCCGUUUUCUACUAGGAAAUCGUGACUCUUGUUGAUUCUUAACCUCCUACUUACUUGUCCCCCGCUCUCAUAAGUGAUUAGCUCUGGGAAACGUUACUUCCUAGGAGAAGAUGAUCGAAAUGACUUAUCCUAUUGCAGCUAGCUUCUAUUCUUUUUUUGCUUUUCAUGUGAUGUCAGUCUAUCCGUCGAAACUUCCUCCAAAAUGCCUCAUUAUAGAACAUUCUCAGGUCUCGCAUACGUCGAGCGAUCUCAGAUCUUGUCUGUUUCCCUUCCUAACGCUACGAUGA